CCGCAGUGUCCCCGUCCCGCAGUGUCCCCGUCCCGCACACGGAGCCGUCCUGGCCGCGAUGGCAGCAGCCGAGGGGAAUAAACUUUGGGGUGGAAGAUUCAGUGGAAGCACAGAUCCAGUCAUGGAGAUGCUCAAUGCUUCCAUUAGCUAUGACCAGAGACUGUCAGAGGUGGACAUCCAGGGGAGCAUGGCUUAUGCCAAAGCCUUGGAGAAGGCUGGAAUCCUGUCUAAAACUGAGCUGGAGAAGAUCCUGAGUGGCCUGGAAAAGAUCUCUGAGGAAUGGUCCAAAGGAGUCUUUGUGCUGAAACAAACUGAUGAGGAUAUCCACACUGCCAACGAGCGCAGGCUGAAGGAGCUGAUUGGAGACGUAGCUGGGAAGUUGCACACUGGCAGAAGCAGGAAUGAUCAGGUUGUGACUGACCUGAAGCUGUUCAUGAAGAAUUCCCUCUCCAUCAUCUCCACGCACCUCCUGCGGCUCAUUGAGACCCUGGUGGAACGCGCUGCCAUAGAAAUCGAUGUGAUCCUGCCUGGCUACACCCACCUGCAGAAAGCUCAGCCCAUCCGAUGGAGCCAGUUCUUGCUCAGCCACGCUGUUGCUCUGAGCCGGGAUUCUGAGCGCCUGGGAGACGUGGAGAGGAGGAUCAAUGUCUUGCCUUUGGGAAGUGGAGCUCUGGCUGGAAACCCCCUGGGAAUCGAUAGAGAGUUGCUGUGCAGUGAGCUGGACUUUGCUUCCAUCAGCCUGAACAGCAUGGAUGCCGUCAGCGAGAGGGAUUUUGUGGUGGAAUUCCUCUCUGCUGCCACCCUGCUGAUGAUCCACCUGAGCAAGAUGGCUGAGGAUCUCAUUAUCUACAGCACCAGCGAGUUUGGCUUCCUGUCCCUCUCUGAUGCCUACAGUACUGGCAGCAGCCUGAUGCCUCAGAAGAAGAAUCCUGACAGUCUGGAGCUGAUCCGCAGCAAAGCCGGGCGAGUGUUUGGACGGUUGGCUGCAAUUCUCAUGGUCCUCAAAGGACUCCCGAGCACCUACAACAAGGACCUGCAGGAGGACAAGGAGGCCGUCUUUGAUGUCGUAGACACCCUGAAUGCUGUGCUCCAGGUUGCCACUGGAGUGAUUUCCACCCUCCAGAUCAACAAGGAGAGCAUGGAGAGGGCACUGAGCCCGGAGAUGCUGGCUACUGACCUGGCUCUCUACCUGGUUCGGAAGGGAAUGCCCUUCAGACAAGCCCACGUAGCCUCUGGCAAGGCCGUCCACCUUGCCGAGACCAAAGGCAUCACCAUCAACAAGCUCAGCCUGGAGGAGCUGCACAACAUCAGCCCCCUGUUUGGCAGCGAUGUGGCGCAGGUGUUCAGCGUGGUGAGCAGUGUGGAGCAGUACACGGCCGCGGGCGGCACCGCCAAGAGCAGCGUGUCCGCCCAGAUCGAGCAGCUGCGGGAGCUGCUCAAGAGGCUCAAGGAGCAGGCUUAG